AUGGCGCAAGAGUUGUAUACGCCUUUGGAUUAUCCCCUCCAACAAUUCCGACUUUUUACACUCUCGCCUUCAGAUAACAAAGAUUCUCCCAUUGAAGGCUCUAUCCGGAGAACGAACUUCAGUGAUGUAACUUCUUUCGAGGUUUUGUCUUACGCGCGCGAGAGGUCUAAACCCACGAAUGUGAUAUAUAUUGACCAGGAGGUCCUGCUCGUCCCGGCGAAUGUCGGAGCCGCCCUUCGUGGGUUGCGCUACCACCAUAAGCCCCGACAUCUCUGGGUCGACUUUAUUUGCGUAGAUCAGCGUUCACUAUCCGAGCGCUCCUUUUACAUCAGGUUUAUGAAGACGAUAUUGACGAAGUGCGUUCGUGUAUUAGUAUGGCUUGGGCCAAAUCCGACCCCACCAGGCGAGCCUUCAACGGCAAGCGAAGAAGAUAUUGGGAAAGGCCUGCAACUGAUAGAAGGAAUUUGUAACAAGGAUCCUUCCUUGAUUCAUGAUUUAGAGCUGGAAGGUGCACAUUAUCGACAGAAGCGAGCUGGCGGAAUUUCCGACACAGAACUUGGUGCAAAAAUUGAUCUUCCUCCCAUGAGGCUCAUGACGCAGGAGCAGCAGCAUGACUUUGAAAAUGCUCUUCAAACUUCACCCGAAUUAUGGACUGUCCGGUAUAUUUGCCUGGCGCCGCAAGUUCACCUUGUCGCAGGCUCCCACGUUUUGGACUGGGCUCAAGUAGAAGAUUUCCUGGGGGACGGCUCAUACGCAGAGACAAUCUAUGGGCGCUUCUAUCACGGAGUGGCGGAUUUGAUAAUCGGCCACAUGAUCCAAAUGGUCGUCAGGAUUGACCGACAAAGACAAGUCAUGAGAAAUGUUCUUGCAGGCUCAGAAAAGCAGUCACUGCUGGCAGUAAUGGGGCAGUUCCGGUUUGUUAAGACGACGGACUCGAGGGAACUUGUUUACAGUAUGUUAAGCCUUGCGGAUAUGGAUGAUCUCGAGGUUGACUAUGGAGACUCCCCUGGAACACUAUUCUCAGAUCUGACCGAGUUACUCAUCAAUCGCGAUGGGAACUUGAACCUGAUAUCUCAGGGCCCUUGGGGGUCUUUCCAAGCCCCCACGUUUGAUGUCGGCUAUGGUUACUCUCUGAGCGGCCCAAUAGGGGAGAAGCCUUCUUGGGCUGCCAACUUUCAAAAGAGCCCCCAUGGGCGUCUAUUUAUGCACGGGUGCCCCUUCCAAGCUGGGCGGCCUUCCUGCGAAGUGCCAUGCCGUGUAAUUAACGGAAAGGCACUUGUUGCCAAGGGUGCAAAGCUAGGGCGUGUGGGAGUGAUAAAACAAUCCGACUAUCAUUACCGCACAAAGAUGAACUGGAUUGAGCCCGGGCCACGAGCUAUGAAAAGGGACAGCCUGCCUAUGGAAUACUUUGGUCUUUACCUUGACCGGGCCAUUCUGACAGAAUCAGACGCAACCCAGGAAUACGUGACUGGCGAAUCUUGCUUCAGAGCCUUCUGGCGCACUUUGGUGAUAGACUGCGGAUCGCCUCCUACAAGUCGACUCACAGCGCAACAGAUUGAGUCGGAAGACGACAUGGUCUGGUUAGUGUAA